UUAUAUCUCCAAGUCCACACACAGAGACACACAGACAGACAGACAUACCAAGAAGAGGAGAAGAGGAUUGAAGAUUCUUAUCCAUCCAAUAACAGUACUCUCAACAUGUCGAAUUUUGCUCAAACCUGCAAUCUCUUGAGCCAGUAUGUGAAGGAAAGAAGAAGUUUUGGUGACCAUAUCACUCUUGGAAUCGCACCAAAAGGCGGUGAACACCAGACGUGUCGGUCGCCGACAGAGCCAGUGACUUUGAAUUUGCUCUCCACCAUGGAAAACUCAUCUGCUGAAGACACAACCACCGUAACUGCUACAACUACCAAGGCGCCAGCGGGGGCUGAGACUGCUCCGAUGACUAUAUUGUACGGUGGACGGGUGUUUGUGUUCAAUGAUUUUAGGGCCGACAAGGCUAAAGAGGUCAUGGAGUUAGCUGCCAUGGGGAAAAGCUCUGCAAGAUCUGGUUCGGAUUCAACCAAUAAUGUCAAAGGAGACGAUGUUUCUAACGUUGUAUUGUCCAAAUUAGGACCAAAUCUCACUGCCACCAGUCGUCCUGAUAUGCCAAUAAUGCCAAGAAAUUCGCUCCACAGGUUCUUUGAGAAGAGAAAAGAGAGGAUAGCAGCGAAGGCACCAUAUGCGGUUCCUCCAAAGCAUGAGAGAAAGCAAGAGUCCAUGAAUUAAUUGAUAUGUAGAGAUUCAGCUCAAGAUAUGUAGAAAGACGAUUAUUUAUUUCUUGUAAAACUUAAAAGAGUACAUUGAUUAGGCCUUUCAGUUUAGAUAUGCUGAGCAGUUAAUUAAUCAUAUUAGUUAUUUUAAUAUAUUUUUAAAUACCUGUCUUUUGUACCUCUAUCUAGUUAAUAACCUCGAUUAAUUAAUAAAAUCUCACAGUCCCGACUCGGGCCAUUGUAUUAAAAUAA